UGAUAGUUUCUUUUGUAGAUCAAAUCGCUCCUCAUACAGACGUGAUUUCUUGUACUUAUGCUGAGGUAUAUUACAGAUAUAUGAUCGCACGAAAGCUAUUAUUGGCGGUAGCUGUCAUUGCCAGUUUCUAAUGCCGACUGAAAUCUCAGCCCGACACUGACGUGCUCUUCUCUGUAACAAUAGGCUUGCUUGAGAAGUAUUAACGUCAGCAGCAGCAGCAGCAGCGAUUCCAAUCUCCGUCGGCCAACUUCUUAUUCUAUCCCAAAUCCGACAUGCUCUCAGCUUCUAUUCGCUGCCAGCAACUGCUUCCUCUCGUCCCAAAUCGCUCGUCCUGCCGUUUCCACCGUAGCCAUGGGAGAGAGCUUGAAGUGCUCACAGAUCUGGUCGGUGGAAGAGCACAGCAGCGGGAGAGGCAGACGCGGAAUGCGGCGGUGGCGGCGCUGAGAUGCCCGCGGUGCGAGUCCACCAACACCAAGUUCUGCUACUACAACAACUACAGCAAGUUGCAGCCGCGGCACUACUGCCGGGCCUGUCGCAGGCACUGGACCGAGGGCGGCGCGCUCCGCAACGUGCCUGUGGGUGGCAGCCGCAAGAACAAGCGCCCCCGGGGCGCUCAAACCACACCCGCUGAUGCAUCAGAUGGUCAUGGAAACGGAAGAAGCAUCGACGACGGCAGCAGCAGCGUUUUCUCUGACGCUUCCAAUCUGCCGAUCAUCCGUCAGCCAACACCGCCGGAGCAUUUUGGCGCCGGAUCUGAAGAACCGCUCGUCUUGAGCUCUUAUCAUGAAAGCCCUCAUCCUUUCUCUUCAUUACCGUUCUAUGAUUGCACAGGGCAAGACUCCUUCACUGUCGAUGAUCGUCUCUUUGCAAUGGAGACCUCGAUGCUGCACCUGCCGGCGAGCAACUUGAGUCACUGGGACGACAUCAUCGACCUCGUCAACCUCGAACUCAAGCCGCCGGCGCCCGACCGAGUGGAUCACACUCUGACUUACUGAAGCAUCGACUGCCUUCUGCUCUUGGUUGCUGGAUUUUGUUCUACGAUGUGGAUGGAGACUGAAGAGGAAACCGAUGGGAAUUUGUUCUCCGGAUAUCAAACUCCACUGUUUGGUUAUAUUCUGUAGGCAAAUCAAUUAACACAUCUGAACAUUCUCAGUGAAAUCUCUGAGAUUUUGAUGUUUCAGUUUGCUGAUGCACACAGAUCCAUUCCAAUAUUCCAAAGCCAAAUUACUUGGAACAUUCACCAACCAGUAAUUUAGCUUUUUUUAAAUCAAAUAUUUUCACAAAGGGCUUUGAAACAA